AUGCAAAUGGUUUGUGUGCUGGAGAGGCAAAUAUUUGACUUCCUUGGAUAUCAGUGGGCACCUAUCCUGGCAAAUUUUGUACAUAUUAUUAUCGUCAUUCUUGGUUUAUUUGGAACUAUUCAAUAUAGACCUCGUUACAUAACAGGAUAUGCUGUCUGGCUAGUCCUCUGGGUUACGUGGAAUGUGUUUGUUAUCUGCUUCUAUUUGGAGGCUGGGGACCUCUCAAAGGAAACAGACCUUAUCCUGACUUUUAAUAUUUCAAUGCACCGAUCUUGGUGGAUGGAGAAUGGACCAGGAUGUACGGUGACAUCAGUGACACCUGCCCCAGACUGGGCCCCAGAAGACCAUCGCUACAUCACGGUCUCAGGGUGUUUUCUGGAGUACCAGUACAUAGAAGUGGCUCAUAGUUCCCUCCAGAUUGUCCUCGCACUGGCAGGGUUCAUCUACGCCUGUUAUGUUGUGAAAUGUAUAACUGAAGAAGAGGACAGCUUUGAUUUCAUAGGUGGCUUUGACUCUUAUGGCUAUCAGGGGCCUCAGAAGACAUCUCAUUUACAGCUACAGCCUAUGUACAUGUAA